AUGGCACUCGAACAAACAUUAGCCGCCCUUUCUUUGGCUACAGUGACUUCUGAAAAUGCUCUUGCCACCAAGACCUUGAUUUUCAAGCCCAAAACUGCAAAGUCGGCGACUCCAGUUCCAGUGGUCGUUUUCGCAUUGCACUCUACUGCUACCCCCUCUGGCAUAAUUGCCAAAGCAGCAGGUGUGAAAGAACCAAGAUUGGCCAAGGAUGACUUGAUCCAAGAAUUUUUCGCCACAACCUCGAAGGAGGUUUCCAUCGCCAACGUAAACAAAGAUUUGGCUGGUAAAAUCAAAAUUGUUUUGGAUUCCGCCAUUAACUCUGCCGACAGCGAAACUCUUGUAGAGUUGGCCACAGAGCUGUCAAAAGUAGCUCUUCCAGCAAAGACCAUUGUCAGCUUCUUAGAAUCUACCGGAGUUGAAAUUAUCCCUGUUGAUUUUGAAGCCGAAGCUGCUGCUCCUACCCCAGCGCCAGCACCAAAGGACAAUACCAAGAAAGCUCUGUUGAAGAAGGAGAAAGAGGCAGCUAAAUUGGAGGAUGCCAAGUUGAUCGGAAUUACUGUUGACAAGGCCAAGGACUUUUCCUCGUGGUACUCUCAAGUCGUUGUAAAGGGUGAGAUGUUGGACUACUAUGAUGUUUCCGGUUGUUACAUCUUGAGACCAAACUCGUACUUUGUGUGGGAAGAGAUUCAAAACUGGUUCAAUGGCCACAUCAAGAAGAUGGGCGUCAAGAACUCUUACUUCCCUAUGUUUGUGUCUUCUAGAGUCUUGGAAAAGGAGAAAGACCAUGUCGAAGGAUUUGCACCAGAGGUCGCUUGGGUUACUCGUGCAGGCUCAUCUGAGUUAGAUGAACACAUUGCUAUCAGACCCACGUCGGAAACUGUUAUGUACCCUUACUACGCUAAGUGGAUCAGAUCGCACCGUGACUUGCCUUUGAGAUUGAACCAGUGGAACUCUGUGGUAAGAUGGGAGUUCAAGCACCCACAACCUUUCUUGAGAACAAGAGAGUUCUUGUGGCAAGAGGGCCACACCGCUCACUUGACCAAAGAAGGUGCCGCCACCGAAGUGGAGCAGAUUUUGGAUCUCUACAGGGGCGUGUACGAAGAGUUGUUGGCUGUUCCUGUUGUUAAGGGUAGAAAGACCGCCAAUGAAAAAUUUGCUGGUGCUGAUUACACCACCACAUGUGAAGGUUUCAUUGCAGCUACCGGAAGAGGUAUUCAGGGUGCCACUUCCCAUCACUUGGGCACCAACUUCUCCAAGAUGUUUAACAUCUCCGUGGAAAACCCUGAAGGUCCAGAAAAGGAACGUGUGUUCGCUUUCCAAAACUCCUGGGGUUUGUCCACUAGAGUUAUUGGUGUUAUGAUUAUGACUCAUUCCGACAACAAGGGUUUGGUAUUGCCUCCUCGUGUGGCCCAAAACCAAGUCGUGGUCGUGCCUGUAGGCUUGACUUCGAAAUCUACACCUGAACAAAGAGAUGCUGUCAAUGGUGGUGCCAAAAAAGUGGAGGAUGCAUUGGCUGAUGCCGGCUUGAGAGUGGUUGGUGACUACAGAAACAACUACUCCCCAGGAUGGAAAUUUGCUGACUGGGAAUUGAAGGGUGUACCAUUGCGUGUUGAGUUUGGACCAAAGGAUUUGGCUGCAGGCCAGGUUACCGCUGUUAGACGUGACAAUGGUGAGAAAUACGUUGUCAAGUUGGGUGACUUGAGCACGAGAAUCCCUGAACUUUUGGAACUUACCCAAAGAGAAAUGUUGGAAAGAGCACGCAAGGCUUUUGACGAACACCGUGUCUUGGUUGAAGACUGGAAGGACUUUGUGCCAACUUUGAACGCUAAGAAUGUCAUUGUUGCCCCUUGGUGUGGUGUGCCAGAGUGUGAAGACGACAUCAAAGAUGCAUCUGCCAAGAAGGAUGAUGGUGAAGAAGAGGAGGAAGAUGAGCGUGCUCCAUCUAUGGGUGCAAAGUCAUUGUGCAUUCCAGAUGAACAGCCUCAAUUAAAAGAGAACCAGAAGUGUGUCAGAUGUGACAAGAAGGCCGUCACCUUCUGCAUGUUCGGCAGAUCCUACUGA